UUGACCAACAUUGGUCCAAUCAGAUCCCCUCCACACGCUCUCUCCCUCCUCUCUCUCCCCCAACGUCGCUCUUUCUCUCUAGUGCACCUCAAUGAACAUUAUUGGUGCACUGUGAGCGACCAUCAUCUGUCCACCGGAUUCCCAUCGUCAGCUUCCCGACCAUAUGCAUUUGCCUAUCUUCUUCCCAAGGAGUUGAACAGAGAGGUUGGAGGUGGCCAAAAUGGCACAAAGCUUAGUGCUGUUGCUACUGUGGCUCAUUGACACGGCAUCCGCGGGAUUUCCUAAUCAGAUUAAUAUCGGGGGUCUCUUCAUGCGCUCCACGGUGCAGGAGCACAGCGCCUUCAGGUUCGCGGUCCAACUCUACAACACCAACCAAAACGCCACCGAGAAGCCUUUCCACCUCAACUACAACGUGGACAACCUGGAGUCCUCCAACAGCUUCUCGGUCACCCACGCGUUUUGCUCCCAGUUCUCCCGGGGAGUGUACGCCAUCUUCGGAUUCUACGACAAAAAGUCAAUGAACACUUUGACGUCAUUCUGCGGAGCUCUGCAUACUUCCUUCGUCACACCCAGUUACCCCACUGACAACGAGGUGCAGUUCGUCAUACAGAUGCGUCCCGCACUCCGAGGAGCAGUCCUAAGUCUGAUUUCUCACUACAAGUGGCAGAAGUUUGUCUACCUCUAUGACACAGACCGAGGCUUCUCCAUACUGCAGGCCAUCAUGGAGGCGGCAGUGGCCAACAACUGGCAGGUGACCGCUCGCUCCGUCAGCAGCACUACGGAUGCGGCGGAGUUCAAACGCAUCAUCGAGGAGAUGGACAGGAGGCAGGAAAAGCGCUUUGUGAUUGACUGUGAGGUGGACAGGAUCAACACCAUAUUAGAGCAGGUCGUGGCAUUGGGGAAGAACAGUCGAGGCUACCACUACAUUCUGUCCAAUCUUGGAUUUUCUAAUGUGAGUUUGGACAAAGUCUUCGCCGGAGGAGCCAACAUUUCAGGGUUUCAGAUAGUCAACCCUGAGAACCCCAUUGUGCAGCAGUUUAUGCAGCGCUGGGAGCGGCUAGAUGAAAGAGAAUUCCCAGAAGCCCGGAAUGCUCCUCUGAAGUACACUUCAGCACUCACCCAUGAUGCCAUCCUGGUGAUAGCAGAGGCCUUCCGGUACCUGCGGCGCCAACGGGUGGACGUCUCACGCCGUGGCAGCGCCGGCGACUGUCUUGCCAAUCCUGCUGUACCUUGGAGCCAAGGCAUCGAUAUUGAGAGAGCUCUCAAAACGGUCCAAGUGCAGGGGAUGACGGGCAACAUCCAGUUUGACAAUUAUGGCCGUCGAACCAACUACACCAUAGAUGUGUAUGAGAUGAAAAUAGGAGGGCCAAGGAAGAUCGGGUACUGGAACGAGUUCACGCGCUUUGUAAAUAUUAUGGAUCCACAGGUCACCAACGACUCCUCAGUGGAAAACCGAACGAUUGUGGUCACUACUAUUAUGGAAGCUCCUUAUGUGAUGUACAAGAAAAAUUAUAUGCAUCUGGAGGGGAAUGACAGAUAUGAAGGCUACUGCGUCGAUUUAGCGUCUGAGAUUGCCAAACAUGUUGGAAUUAAGUACAAACUGUCUAUAGUAAUGGAUGGGAAGUAUGGAGCCCGAGACCCCGAGACCAAGGCAUGGAACGGGAUGGUGGGUGAACUGGUCUAUGGGAGAGCAGAUAUAGCUGUUGCACCUCUCACCAUUACUUUGGUUCGAGAGGAAGUGAUAGACUUUUCCAAGCCAUUUAUGAGUUUGGGCAUCUCCAUUAUGAUAAAGAAGCCUCAAAAGUCCAAGCCUGGUGUUUUCUCCUUCCUGGACCCACUGGCCUAUGAGAUCUGGAUGUGUAUAGUAUUUGCCUAUAUUGGGGUGAGCGUGGUUUUGUUCCUGGUCAGUCGGUUCAGUCCUUAUGAAUGGAACCUUGAGGAACAGGAUGAGACGAAAGACCCUCAGACACCCCCUGAUCCUCCCAAUGACUUUGGGAUCUUCAAUUCUCUGUGGUUCUCACUGGGCGCAUUCAUGCAGCAGGGCUGUGACAUCUCACCAAGGUCUCUCUCAGGCCGUAUAGUCGGCGGUGUGUGGUGGUUCUUCACCCUCAUCAUCAUCUCAUCCUACACAGCCAACCUGGCUGCCUUCUUAACAGUGGAGAGGAUGGUCUCCCCUAUAGAGAGCGCUGAAGAUCUGGCAAAGCAGACAGAGAUAGCAUAUGGUACUCUGGACUCAGGCUCCACUAAAGAGUUUUUCAGGCGAUCCAAAAUAGCGGUAUAUGAGAAGAUGUGGUCAUACAUGAAAUCGGCCGAACCAUCAGUGUUUGUUAAGACCACACCCGAUGGCGUGGCCCGGGUACGAAAGUCAAAGGGCAAGUUUGCCUUUCUCCUCGAGUCUACCAUGAACGAGUACAUCGAGCAGCGGAAGCCCUGCGACACCAUGAAAGUGGGCGGGAACCUCGACUCAAAAGGCUACGGAGUGGCGACGCCCAAAGGCUCAGCAUUAAGAACUCCUGUAAACCUUGCAGUAUUGAAACUCAGUGAACAAGGCAUCUUAGACAAGCUGAAAAACAAAUGGUGGUACGAUAAGGGUGAAUGUGGAACCAAGGACUCUGGAAGUAAGGACAAGACAAGCGCUCUCAGCCUAAGCAAUGUGGCUGGAGUCUUCUAUAUUCUGGUUGGAGGGCUGGGGCUUGCCAUGAUGGUGGCCCUCAUAGAGUUCUGUUAUAAGUCACGGCAAGAAACAAAACGGCUGAAAUUGGCAAAGAGUGCUCACAAUUUUAAGCCAACUCCCCCAACCAACACCCAGAACUUUGCCACAUACAGAGAAGGCUACAAUGUAUACGGAACAGAGAGUGUUAAGAUUUAGAGGUUUAAAAUGUUUCCAUCGUCCCGUACAAAUGUGAUUAAGUAUCUCUGAAAGGACAAGGAUUACGAAAAUUGAGCCAAAUCCUUUUGGGUCGGACACUGGUGUAAUAAUCUGCAAUGACGACACGACUGGACUGGUCAUGGGAAGAGACGAUUUCCCUCCUCUCAGUGCCUUAUGGAAAGUCCAAUCAAUGCAACGCAUUCUCAAUGAUAUUGCUUUUUGCUUGAAACUCACACAAAAGAGAAGAAUUGAGGAUCAGUGGGGUAGAAUUAUACAGUAUAUACAGUACAUAUUGAAUACAUGUGAUGUGAGAGAAAUAAAGCCAUCAUUUUGCAACCCUAAGCACAUUAGGAAGUGCCAAAAGACGAGGGUCUAAUUGGUUUCUUGUAAAAGCAGAUUAUGCCUCAUUCUCCUGCUGCCAGGUUUUCACUAGUUAUAUGUAUUCAAAUGUGUUCUUUCUAUCUUGUCAGUGCCAGCCAGACACUGACUAUUACACAAUUAGCUUUUAUACUAACCUUGCCACUCCCUCUCUUAAUUGAUUCGUUUUCAUGAAAUGCCAUUCAAAGCAAUUCAGAGUGUGUUGUAUGUACUCCUUGGUGCUGCCGACACACUCCACUUCCAAUACUGCCAAGUGUGCGUGUGCGCGUAUGACUGAGUGUGUAAAAUAUUGUCCUAAGUUUGCUCAUCUCCCGAAAGACCUCCACAUUCUCUAUGAUGGAAGUACAACCAAAACAAUAGAGGCUAAUUCAAUUGUAGAUGAACUGCUUAAUCUUACAAAGACAUACCAGUAAUGGCUUUCAAACUGUACUAUGUGGACUAUCUUACCAUUUUCUUCACAUUUUAAAAUGAGCUGUGCUUUUCAUUUUGGUUUCCUGUCAAGAGCAUUGCAUUGUUUGGUGAUUUCACACUGUAAACUAAUUAAAUUGAUUAAAAAUGAAUUAAAGGUUGCAUUGGGGCGGGUCUGCAAGCUUAGCACAUGUCCAUAUUGCUGUAAUAAUUACUUUCCCAAAAAGGCUGUGAUUCCAUAGGGUUUUUAGGAAGAUACUUAAAUUACCUGAAGCUGUGGGAAAAUAGUUUUAUAUGUUAAAAAAAAAAUAAAAUAAUGUGAAGACAAAUGUUGAAAUGUGUACAUUUAGAUAAAUACGAACUAUUUAUAAUACAUGAUGAACGAUUUUCCUGUUUUUUAAACAAAAAAUAAAUGCAUGUGAUGCUUGAUGAGCCCUACAACUCACAAAAUGACUUUAGAUUAGAUCUCAAGAACUGUUUCUAUUUUUUAUUUUACUUUUUUUGUAAAUGAGUUCCACUCUUCUUUUUGGUUAGGCUCACCCUUUGGGAGAUCACCAGGUGUUGUAGUGGGUACAAAAGAGCAAGAGAUGCAUGAAUAAUUUACUGAACCUCAUUAGAGAGGCGCUGUACAGAGAAUUUUAAUACAUUUUGUAAAUAAAAUGUACAGAAAGGUUUUGGUGUGCGUGUCCAUGUGAUUAAAUAAUAUGUCUUCAUCAAAGUGCAGCCAGCCAUUCUAAUUUGGUACAUGGAUUCGCAAACUUUAGAGG